AUGCGGUUCGCUCUUUUCGCCGGUCUGGCCUCCCUGGUCUCAUCCGUCACCGCAACUGCCCUGACCUACAGGCUCGAGGCGAACGAGAAAGCAUGCUUCUUCACAAACGUUGAGCAGAGCAACGCCAAGGUGGCCUUCUACUUCGCGGUCCAAUCUGGCGGUUCCUUCGAUGUCGACUACUCCGUUACCGCACCGGGCGGCAAGGUCGUUUUAGACGGUGCAAAAGAGCGACAGGGCGACUUUGUCUUCACUGCGCAGAGCAUUGGCGAGUACACCUUCUGCUUCAACAAUGAGAUGUCCACCUUCGCCGAGAAGAUGGUUGACUUCGAGAUUGCGGUCGAGAAUGAACAGCGCGCCCAAUUGCCCUCCCGCCAGGGCGCUAGCCCCGAGCAAACCACCAGUCUGGAGGAGUCCAUCUACAAGCUGUCCGCGCAACUCUCUACCGUCUCCCGCAACCAGAAGUACUUCCGCACUCGCGAGAACCGUAACUUCAGCACCGUGCGGAGUACCGAGCGCCGUAUUUUCAACUUCAGUGUGAUUGAGUCUUUGAUGAUGGUUUCCAUGGCUGCGUUGCAGGUCUUUGUUGUGCGCUUCUUCUUCCAGGGCGCCCGGAAAGGUUACGUGUGAUAUGAGCAUGAGCAUGAACAAUAAUAUGAUGCAUUUUACUACCUCUAUGUCCGGCGUGUUGGCCUAG